UCUGCUCCUCCGUCUCUCAUUAAACCAGCUGCGUUUGAGCCUCGCCGGCGGUAAACAGUCAACAUGGCGGCCUCUAUGAAGAGAGCUGCCCACGACAUAGAGACGCGAAAGCGGACCGAUGAUGUGCUUCUGUCGGAGGGGAUCGACUUCAGCUCCCUGCUGCUGUCCCCGGCCGUGCUGGACGGACUGUCCGCCGCAGGCUUCCAGAAACCCUCCCCGAUCCAGCUGAAGGCGAUCCCGCUGGGCCGCUGCGGACUCGAUUUGAUUGUGCAGGCCAAGUCUGGCACGGGGAAGACGUGCGUGUUCUGCACCAUCGCCCUGGACUCUCUGGUCCUGGAGAAUCCUGCGACCCAGGUUCUUGUCUUGGCUCCUACACGCGAGAUUGCGGUGCAGAUCCACUCGGUGGUCAUGGCGAUAGGCUGCGCCAUGGAGGGCCUCGAGUGCCACGUCUUCAUCGGGGGCCGGCCCGUGAGUCAGGACAAACCCCUUCUGAAGAAGUGCCACGUAGCUGUGGGGUCACCUGGUCGUAUCAAGCAGCUUAUCGAGCUCGGCAUGCUGUCCACCGCCAGCAUCAGACUGUUUGUUCUGGAUGAGGCGGACAAGCUGCUGGAGGAGGGCAGCUUCCAGGAGCAGAUCAACUGGAUCUUCUCCUCGCUGCCGGUGAACAAACAGAUGCUGGCCCUCUCUGCCACUUACCCAGAAUCCCUUGCACAGCACCUUACCCACUACAUGAGAGAGCCCACUUUUGUAAGACUCAAUCCCAGUGACAUGGGUCUUAAAGGUCUAACGCAGUAUUACAAGCUGGUGCAGUCCUAUCCUUUGGCUCACAAGAUUUUCGAGGAGAAGGUGCAGCACCUGCUGGAGCUCUUCAGUAAAAUCCCAUUCAACCAGGCCCUGGUCUUCUCCAACCUACACACAAGGGCUCAGCACCUGGCAGACAUCCUGUCCUCCAAAGGCUUACCUGCUGUUUGUAUCUCAGGGGGUCUGAGUCAGGACCAGAGGCUGGAAGCGAUGUCGAAACUGAAGCAGUACCAGUGCAGGGUGCUCAUCUCCACUGACCUGACUUCCAGAGGAAUAGAUGCCGACAAAGUAAACCUGGUGAUAAACCUGGAUGUGCCGCAGGACUGGGAGACGUACAUGCACCGAAUUGGACGGGCUGGACGCUUCGGCACUCAGGGGCUGGCUGUGACCUACUGUUGCCAUGGCGAGGAGGAGAACAAGAUGAUGGCCAUCGCUCAAAAGUGCGGCCUGAGUUUGUCUGCGUUGCCUGACAUCAUAGAGCCUGGCUUGAUGGAGGAGCCUUGCGACUUUGGCAUCUGCACUGAGGCUGCAACUCCAAGCUCCUCAUCCCAGCGCUCCUCCAGGCCGGAGAAGAAAAGGCAUGCGAAGUCGGUCACGGAUCAAACUCCAGAGCACGGCAAUCAAAGAAAGCCAGAAAAGACGUACCCAGCACCUACACAGGUAUCGCACAGCAAAGAGUAUCCUGAAAGAGUGACUCCAGCUCGUCCACGGAGUCCUCCUCAGGUGGCUCCGACUCGAAAAGAGCUGCAGGACGCUCUUCCAAAGAUCCCUCCUCUCAGCUCGUUCAAGAGCUGCGCCUCCAGGUUCGUGAGCUUCGAGGAGGCUGAGCAGGACUUCCACAGCUUCAUCACCACGGGGCUUGGGAGAUCGGUGGAUGUCAUCAGGGAGUUCAGAGGUCGAGAGGAAGGUGACCCUGAUGAGAACAGCGGGCACAGAGACUGUUUCACACUGUAUGAUGACGGGGCCGAAAGCUUAAAGCAACAUGGAAAGCGGUGGAAAACGGAUCUUUCUCACACAAGGUCGACGUCUGGUUCAUCUAGCUCAAAAUCCAUCAAGGACGAACGUGAAAUCAGAGCGGUCGCUAAGCCUCAGACUGAAGCGACACAAACGCCCACACUGCCCAGACAAAAGGCAGACCCCACCAAAUCCCAAACUUGUGCACCUCAGAUAUAUCCCCAGACAGUCUGUGCAUCAAAUGGAAGAGCUUCGCCUCAGCAGGAAAACUAUGAAUCUUUCAUUAAAUCGAGCAAGAAAUCCAGUCGGACAGCUCCGGCACGGACAGACAGACCAGAAUCGAGAGUGAUUAAAGAAGAGAUUGGGAAGCGGAGCAAGAGGAUUUCAGAGAACACCGACCGGGAGAGAACCUGGAGGGAAAGGGAUGAAGGAGAACAUGAUGAUGUGGAUGAUGAUGAUGAAGAUGAAGAAGAAGAAGAAGAAGAAGAGGAGGGGGAGUGGAGCGCUGAAAGCUACUGGAGAGCCAGCUACAGAGCCUGGAGUGAUUACUACGCCUCUAUGUGUUCUUACCCAGAGCAAGGUUACCAGAACCACUACUACUACAGCGUAGCCCAAAACUGGAUGGCAGCUUAUCGUAUGAAUGCCGUCUACAUGGAGGAACUCCUGAAACACUGACUGGUGUCCACACCGCUGAUCAGAAUGUUCAGUCACGUUGUUUCUGCUGAGAGAAGUAAAUGUCUGCACUUCUAGUCCAACGCAUUACACUUAAGUGUUUUGAGUGCAAUGAAUUCAUGCAAUAUAAUGUCUGUCCCAGUUACUUUUGUAAUAAAUUACCAGAGAGGGGAAAUUAUGUUAAAGCCCUUUUUCUGUUAUGCCUCUACACCUUCACGUGAUGUGAAACUAUCCUGUGAUCGUCUUUGAUUAUUUUGAUGCAAUAAAGGGCUGAACGCUGAGCAAAAAGAAUUACUUUGGUCUGUACCAACAAGUCAUAUUUGGUCAUCAUUUUCAGUUUACCAAACAAGAAUAUUGCCUCACAUCUGAAGAGUAAGAUUGGUAGGCACCACAGUUCUUCAUUUAUUAUGGCGUGACGCGACAAUGUAUUGCUUUAUAGCAAGGUCCCUGUAAUAAGUGUUCAGAAGGUAAUAAGGUUUUUUAUAGCCUUAUUAGAUAUUAAUUAACAAAUCUUUAGUAAGAUGAUGUCUUAAAAUAGUGUAAUAAACAUAUUUAUUGUUUGAUUAUCAGACAUAAGAAAAGCUCACAUUUGAUUCUGAAUGGUGGAUCGGUUGGUUGAUCACAGACACUGUAUACUUGUGUAUAUGUUGUCUGAUAUGAAAAUUCAGAAAAAA